GGGGGUUGGUGGGGAGAUAUGUUCCUCGGGACAUAGCUGAAACACAGGCUGGGAUCAGACCUUGCUCGUGGUCCGGGAAGUCUGGGUGGCCCUGCUAGUGCUACUACUUGGAAACGAGGUGCUGUGCCCAGGGUGGUUCCUCUCAAGUCUCUCCCUGCUGCCCCAGGAAGAGUUGAGCCCCAUUCACAACCCUUGGCUGCCCUGCAAGAAGUUCAUCAUGCUGACAGAAGACAUGAAGCUCUGGCAUGGCUUAGUGAUUGCAAUCGUGUCCUUUGUCCUGCAGGCCUGCUUCCUUGCAGCCAUCAACUACCUGCUCAGCAGGCACCUGGCCAAAAAGAAUGAACAGUUACUAAAGAGAGCCAGGCUCCAGGACCCCAGGCCCAGCCCUGCGCAGCACCACUCACCCGCUGCCCAGCACCACUCACCUGCAGCCCAGCACCACUCACCUGCUGCCCAGAAGAUGGAGACUCGGGCAGAGAGAAGCACCCAAGUGUCUGAGCCCCAUUGCGGAAAUGACGGUGACACGUCCUCAGAUAGCUCUGACACCUCCGACAGCUCCAGCAGCUCGACUCCCACCUGCCAGACCACCAAGGAUGUGAAUUACACACAAGUAGUCUUUUCAGCCACUGGAGGGCGAAAAAACAAAUCUGCACUGGAUUAUGAGAACAUAAAGGAAACAACGGAUUAUGUCAAUGUCGACCCAAGAAGUCACAAGCACAAUUUCUAGAGACCUGUGAACCCUGCUGUCUCCGAGCCAGGGGAGUACUCUGUGGUAGCCUUGUAAAUUCUAGGCUUUAAAAAAACUCUUACCUGAGGGUAUGUUUAUUGACAUUUAUUGAUUUUAGAGAGAAAGAAAGGAGGUGGAGAGAGAGAGAGAGAGACACUGACGUUGAUGUGAGAGGGAAGUGCUGAUCGGCUGCUCCCACACGCACCCUGAUCGGGGAUCUAGCCCACAGCCUUUUGCUGUGUGUGACGAUGUUCUAAACAACUGAGCCACUGGCCAGAACUAGGGUUUUCUUUUGUUUUGUUUUUAAAUGGAGUAAAGUUCUCUACAAAUUCUUGUACUCAAUUUGUAGGAGGUUUACUUUUUGUUUUUUAACAAGGCAUAGGAAAAAAAUAGGUUUGCAUGUCAGCAAGAAAGAUUUGGAUGAAAUGUUAGAAAGAACUCAGGGAUAAGUAUGAAAACAUCAGAACAUAUUAGUAGAUAAAAUGGUGACAUCUCCAUAGAAAUUUUUUAAAAAAUAUUUUAAUCAGCUAUAGUAGAGUCCUGUUUGGCAAUCUUACAAUUAAAUUACUCUUUGAGCUCUCUGAUUAUCGGCAAUAAAUAACUUCCUUAAAAGUUUUAAAUAACAUAGUAAUCAUUGGUUUCUCUUUUCCUCUUGCCCAACCCGGCCUGUGUCUGCUGAGGAACCUGCUUUGCCCUCAGAACUUUAAACGGUCCCACUAGCUUGGAAAGCCCACUGUCACUCGGCUUUCGGAUUUGCUGUUUCUCGUGAACAAGAGCUGGCUAAUAGAGUCUGGUAAACACCGACCAGCAUCACAAUCUGUUAUUACAAGAAAAAUCUUUCCAAGUUUAAUCCAAUAAAAUUCAACAUCUA